UCCGAUAUUGAACUCCAAUACGAUGCCUAGCAAGACAGCUCUGAUGGCUGUUUUUCUGGUGCUGUCCAUUUUCAAUUUGCUCGUGGGCUAUGCAGAGACACACGCAGAGGUGAAGGGCGAGUCUUCCUGUGCCCAAGAUGCUGGACCAUCACUUCUUCAACUACGCACGCAGUCCUCACUUUUUAAUGCUCCAAAAGAGGAGCCGCUUGCGAUUAUUCCAGCACCAAAAUCAGUUCUCAGGAAGAAGGGAGUGUUAGAGAUCCCGCGAAUCACAGUGGAUGCACCAGCUGCUUUGGUACGGACUUUGGAGGAAUUCAUAGGGCCAACAGUAACCAGUGAAGAUGCAUUCUUCCAGCUGCGGUUGAAAGAUGUGAAGCUCGGAGAGGAAGGGUGUGUGCUCAACGUUUCUGAUAGGGUGGUCAUUGAGGCAGCUUCUGAGCAUGGCCUCUUCCAUGGCGUCAUGACUGUGCGACAGUUGCUGCAGAAGGAUUCGAAUUCGAAUGAUUUAAAUGGUUCGCGGUGGAAAAUUCCCAGGGUUGAGAUCCGGGAUGAACCUGCUCUCCACUGGCGAGGAUUGAUGUUGGAUGUCAGCCGACAUUUCUUCUACCCAGCAGAUGUGAAGCACCUCUUGAGAACUAUGGCGCUGUUCAAAAUGAACCACUUCCACUGGCACCUCACGGAUGAUCAAGGUUGGCGCUUUCCGGUGGCCAAGUAUCCAAAUCUCAUUCGUUUAGGAGCCUUCAGGCGGGCCUCCCCUCUGGGUCACACUGAUCGGACAGACAAUACGCCCUACAACCACUCUUAUACUGAGCUCGAGAUUGAAGACGUCAUUUCCUUUGCCGAAUCCUUGUAUAUUCAGGUAGUUCCGGAGUUUGAUUUGCCUGGGCACUCGCAAGCUGCAAUUGCCUCGUAUCCGGAAUUGGGAAAUUUCGAUAGUUCGGAACACUGGGAACCUCAAGUUGCUACGUCUUUCGGGGCUUUGCCAUACACUCUCUCUCCCUCCGAGAAGUCUGUAAACUUCACCAAGGACGUGCUCAGCGAAAUGGCAAGGCUCUUCGAGAAGUCCUCCUACAUUCACAUUGGCGGCGACGAAGUUUCAACUUCUCAGUGGUCCAAGUCACCUGUAGCCCUUGAAGUGGCACGCGAGAACAAUGUGGGCUUGUCCCAUCUGGAGGGCAUGAUGCUUGAGAAAGCAUCCAAUCAUCUCCAUGAUUUGCAUCGCAACGCCGUGGUUUGGGAUGAUGCUUUGGACAGUGCCAACAGCCUCCCACAAGGCACGGUCGUGAUGAUUUGGAGAGAAUUUGUGGGCUUGGGCAAGCAAGGAGACAAAGCGGCGGCAAGAGGUCACUCAGUUGUACUGGCUCCAUCAGAGCAUGCCUACUUCGACAGGUGGCAAGAUCAAAAGCAUGCCGAGUUUGAUGCAAUUUGCUGCUUUACACCAUUGUCUCGGGUCUACGAUACCCCCAUCAGGGCUGGCAGGGCCAAUGUUUUGGGCAUUCAGGGACAGCUCUGGAGUGAGUACAUUCGUCAAGGUGCUCGAAAUUUGGAUUAUAUGGCUUGGCCACGUGGAUGUGCUCUGGCAGAGGUUGCUUGGUCAGGUGAACAGCGACCAGGAUUCCAAGACUUCAGAGAGCGCCUUCAGAAGCGGACUCAGGAAAUCUGCUUCGCACUGGAAAAAAAUCCUCGCUUCUUCACGAAACGCUAGGCUCCCUGCUCAUACAAAUACAAGGACUUCAAGGCUUUUGACAUCUACCUCGGAGAGAUCUGAACAAGACAGGAAGACUGCAGAAGUAAAA